GAGCCGGUGAGGGUGAGUCCCCCCACCCCGCGGUGCCCGGCAGGCAGUGCCAGUUCCCGGAGCCCAGAGCUGGGGGGAGGGCCGGGCUGUCCCGGCCCUGCCCCCUCCCGCCUUGGGCUGCCCAGCAACUUCGGCAGAAAGUUUGGCAUUGGCCACCGGUGCCGAGGAUGGGCAGGGACGUGCUGGCCUGGUGCUUGGCGCUGAGCUGCUGGGGGAGUGCGACCCCCUGGGGUGCACAGGCCGGAGGAAACCCCUUUGUGGGGAGCCCCGGGAACGUCACAGGGGCCCGGGGCCUCAUGGGCUCCCUUCGGUGUGAGCUCCAGGUGCAGGAGGAGCCCCCAGAGGUGACAUGGCUCCGGGACGGCCAGGUCCUGGAGCUGGCAGACAGCACCCAGACGCAGGUGCCACUGGGCGAGGACGGGCAGGACGACUGGAAGGUGGUCAGCCAGCUCCGAAUCUCCUCGUUGCAGAUCUCGGAUGCUGGCUGGUACCAGUGCGCUGUGGUCCUCGGCGGGAAGACGUUUGUGUCCCAGCCUGGCUAUGUGGGGCUGGAGGGCCUGCCUUACUUCCUGGAGGAGCCGGAGGACAGGGCGGUGGUCGCCAACACCCCCUUCAAUCUGAGCUGCCAGGCCCAGGGGCCCCCGGAGCCCGUGGAUCUCCGCUGGUUCCAGGACGCCACAGUCCUACCCCCCGCACCGGGGCCUGGCCCCCAGUACACGCUGCAUCUUCCUGGUUUGAACAAGACGUCUUCAUUCUCCUGCGAAGCCCAUAAUGCCAAGGGUGUCACCACAUCGCGCACAGCCACCAUCACAGUGCUUCCCCAGCGGCCACAAGACCUCCACGUGGUUUCCAGCCAGCCCACCGAGCUGGAGGUGGCUUGGACCCCAGGCCUGAGUGGCAUCUACCCUCUCACCCACUGCACCCUGCAGGCCGUGCUCUCGGACGACGGGGUGGGCGUCUGGCUGGGAGAGCCGGACCCCCCCGAGGAACCCCUGAGCCUGGAAGCCUCGGUGCCUCCUCACCGCGUGCGGCUGGGGAGCCUGCGCCCGCACACCCCCUACCACUUGCGGGUGGCCUGCAGCAGCGCCCAGGGUCUCUCGCCCUGGACACACUGGCUGCCUGUGUUCACACCCCAGGGAGUGCCCUUGGGCCCCCCUGAGAACGUUAGCGCCAGGCGAAAUGGAAGCCAAGUCCUCGUGCUAUGGCAGCAGCCCAGGGCGCCCCUGCAGGGCACCCUUUUAGGGUACCGGCUGGCCUAUCGAGGCCAGGACACCCCUGAGGUGCUCAUGGACAUAGGGCUAAAGCAGGAGGUGACUCUGGAGCUGCAGGGGGAUGGCACUGUGCCCAACCUGACGGUGUGUGUGGCAGCCUACACUGCCGCUGGGGAUGGGCCCUGGAGCCUCCCUGUGCCCCUGGAGCCCUGGCAGCCAGGCCAAGAACAGUCCAUCCACCAGCUGGCUGUGAGUGAGCCCCCGGCCCCUGCCUUCUCGUGGCCUUGGUGGUAUGUACUGCUGGGAGCAGCUGUGGCAGCUGCAUGUGUUCUUAUCCUGGCCCUGUUCCUCAUGCACCGGCGGAAGAAGGAGACACGCUAUGGAGAGGUGUUUGAACCAACCGUGGAGAGGGGCGAGCUGGUGGUCAGAUACCGCGUCCGAAAGUCCUACAGUCGUCGAACCACUGAAGCCACCUUGAACAACCUGGGUAUCAGCGAGGAGCUGAAAGAGAAGCUGCGGGACGUGAUGGUGGAUCGGCACAAAGUGGCCCUGGGCAAGACCCUGGGGGAAGGGGAGUUUGGAGCUGUGAUGGAGGGUCAGCUCAACCAGGAUGACUCCAUCCUCAAAGUGGCUGUGAAGACGAUGAAGAUUGCCAUUUGUACCAGGUCUGAGCUGGAGGAUUUCCUGAGUGAGGCCGUCUGCAUGAAAGAAUUUGACCACCCCAAUGUCAUGAGACUCAUUGGUGUCUGUUUCCAGGGCUCAGAACGGGAAGGCUUCCCGGCGCCUGUGGUCAUCCUUCCCUUCAUGAAGCAUGGAGAUCUUCACAGUUUCCUCCUCUACUCCCGCCUGGGGGACCAGCCAGUGUUCCUGCCCACACAGAUGCUGGUGAAGUUUAUGGCUGACAUCGCCAGUGGCAUGGAGUAUCUGAGCACCAAGAGGUUUAUCCACCGGGACCUGGCUGCCAGGAACUGCAUGCUGAAUGAGAACAUGUCUGUGUGUGUGGCGGACUUUGGGCUCUCCAAGAAGAUCUACAAUGGAGACUACUACCGCCAGGGGCGCAUCGCCAAAAUGCCGGUCAAGUGGAUUGCCAUCGAAAGUCUGGCCGACAGAGUCUACACCAGCAAAAGCGAUGUGUGGUCCUUCGGGGUGACCAUGUGGGAGAUUGCCACGCGGGGCCAAACCCCAUAUCCUGGUGUGGAGAACAGCGAGAUCUACGAUUACCUGCGCCAGGGGAACCGCCUGAAGCAGCCUCUGGACUGUCUGGAUGGAUUGUAUGCUCUGAUGUCUCGAUGCUGGGAGCUGAACCCCCGGGACCGGCCAAGUUUUAUGGAGCUGCGGGAAGAGCUGGAGAACACACUGAAGGCCCUUCCCCCUGCCCAGGAGCCCGAGGAGAUCCUCUACGUCAACAUGGAUGAGGGCAGAGGUCCUUCAGAACCCCUUGGGGCUGCUGGAGGCGCUGACCCCCCCACCCAGCCUGACCCCAAGGAGUCUUGCAACUGUUUCACCUCGGCCGAAGUCCAUCCUGCUGGACGCUACGUCCUCUGCCCUUCUACGGCUCCUGGUCCCAUGCUACCUGCUGACAGGGACUCCCCUCCUAUACCCCCAGAACAGGAGGAUGGGGUCUGAGAUCAUUUUGCACAUGGACUCCUCAAGACCCAAGCUUGGCACUGCCACUGGGGUAGGGGCCUUCCCCCGGCCCAGCUCCUUUCCCAAUCCACCUCUUCCCUGCCCCCUCCCCCCGCAGCUCUUCUUCCUGACUCUGCCACUUUCAUCCCAGACACAUCUGCUCCCUUCCACAUCUUAGUGUCUGCCUGUAUAAGAGAAAGGGUUGGCCUGUGACCAACCUCAGCGUCCUUCCAACUCGGACAUUUCAAGGUUCUGGAAUCUAAAGUUCGAAGAAUCUCCAUUCAAAGGUUCUAAGUCUCAAGGAGUCUUUGGUUCCUCAGGAACUGCCCAAAUUCCAAAGUCUCUUAUUCUAAGGUACUAAGAUUCUAGACCCAGAAGUCCUAAUAUUCUAAGGCUGAGAUGCUCUGGCUCAAGAUUUUCUGGUUUUAAGAUUUUUGAUUACCACCCAACCCCACCCCCAUCCUCACGAAAUUAUAUUCCUAGAGUUCUGAGGUUUAUAGUUACAGGAGAUAAAGCUCUAUGAUUUUAGAUUAUUAUUUUUCUAAAGUCUUUGAACCUGGGUGUAUACAUGCUACAUUCCUAAAAAUGCUACAGUUCUGGGUCUGAACAUUCUAAGGGUUAAUGUUCUAAAAUUUGAUGUCCUAUGUUUCUUAAGGGUCUAAAUCUAGAUUAUAAAGCUUGGAGAAUUUUAUCUUUGCAAAUUCUAAUGGUGGUCAAUUAUGGGUUCUUUAUGAUUAAGAUUAUAUUAAGUAUUUAUGAUUCUAAAAACUCUUGUUAUGGGAUUUUGGUUCCCAAGGUGUUAAAUUCUAGAAUCAUCAAAAGUCUAAAAGUUUUAAGAUGAGGGUUCUAAAGUCUAAUACUUUAAGGGAUUACAGCCUAAGACUUAGUCUUCGCACCCUAUAUUUUAGACUAUAAACUGCAAGAUUCUAGAUAAUUAAACUUUGAGAUCCUAACGUUGUUUUAUUCUGUUACAUUCCAUGGCACUCUAGAUUCUGUGACUAGCCCAAAAGUCUGAAUUUGAAUGACAAGAUUUUAUAGUUAGCUGUGACUUGCUAGGUGUAAACGUCCUCAUUAUUUCUAAUGUUGACUCCUUGGGGGUCAUGCUCCAGUCUGCCUCGCUAGGAUUUUAGUUAAGGAAGCCACAAAUCCACAUUCCUAAGUCUUCAGGUACUAGACACUACAAUUUGAAAAUUCAAAUGCUAGAUUUCAAAGGUUCAUCAGUCUAGGAUUCCCAGAUAAAGCCCCUGUGGUUCUCACUUUACAGUAUGUGUCUGUUAUCUGCCAUUUGUUUCCCUGCUCUACUUUCCUUCUCCUCACAUGUGGGGGUGAGUCACCCCCCCCCAGCCUGUGCAAUAUAUUAGGAAUCCCUCAUUUACCAAGGGGAUCAUGCAGUGUCCCCCCC